GAGCGGCAGAGGGGGGUUAGUAGAAAAGAAAAAGAAAGAAAGGAAAAAAAAAACUCGAGUGUGUGCUCUGAAAGUCAUGCAAGUUGUCUCCUCUAUGCGUGUGUGUUUCCACGGUGAUGUCUGGAGAGCAGGCUUCUUCUGAAGCUCCGGCUGGUGCCAGGCAUCGACGCAGGAGCGAGCUAGAAGGGUAUUCGGCGUCUCUCGCUUCCCUCAAGCUCUCCCCCAUGUACCCGGAGGAGGAGCAGCGCACCACGGGGGGCAUGUCCUCCAGCGCUCACUACCUAAACGGGACCUUCGAGUACACCACCAACCCCGAAGCCUCGAACUCGUCAGCAGAUUACUACCCGGCUCCUGCGGAUCUACAGGUGGCCCCGGAGCCUCAGGACGAAAGCCUGCAGCCUUUGACGAACGGCUCCUCCAGCCCACUGGUCUUCAUUCCUUCGGGUCCACAGAUCUCUCCAUUCAUCAGCCAUUCUCCUGUGGGACAGCAUGCGGCUCAGCAGGUGCCCUACUACCUGGAAACAUCAGGAACCUCCAAUUACAGGUCAGAUGGGUCCAGUGUAUUAGCCAGUGCAGGAUCAAGAGUGGAUCUGUGCAGUGCCACCGGGAGGCAGGAUGUGUACAGCACUGUGGGAGCCUCGGGACCAUCAGGGGCUUCGGGGACUUCAGGAGCAGUGGGGUUGGUGAAGGAGAUCCGAUAUUGCGCUGUGUGCAGCGACUACGCCUCAGGAUACCACUACGGAGUCUGGUCCUGCGAGGGCUGCAAGGCAUUCUUCAAGCGCAGCAUACAAGGCCACAACGACUAUGUGUGUCCAGCGACAAACCAGUGCACCAUCGACCGGAACCGCAGGAAGAGCUGUCAAGCAUGUCGUCUGCGCAAAUGCUAUGAAGUGGGAAUGAUGAAAGGAGGGUUCCGUAAGGAGCGAGGCGGUCGCAUCAUUAAGCACCACAGAAGGCACAGUGGACUGAAACGAGGUUAUGGCGAAGCAAAAAAUGUUUCUGAUGUGAGGGAAGCACCACUAUUGGACGGGCGAGGCAGCUCUGGGAUCGGGAUCGAAGGCAGGGUAGCUGGUGUGGUGUACAUGGCUCCGGAGCAGGUGUUGCUGCUGCUGUUGAGGGCAGAACCGCCCACCCUUUGCUCGCGACAGAAACACAGCCGCCCCUACAGCGAGCUCACCAUGAUGAGUCUCCUCACCAACAUGGCCGACAGGGAGCUCGUUCACAUGAUCGCCUGGGCCAAGAAAGUGCCUGGAUUCCAGGAACUCUCUCUGCAUGAUCAGGUGCAGCUGUUGGAAAGUUCCUGGCUGGAUAUUUUGAUGAUUGGCCUCAUUUGGAGGUCCAUCCACUCACCUGGAAAACUCAUCUUCGCACAGGACCUCAUACUCGACAGGAGUGAGGGCGAGUGUGUGGAGGGCAUGAGUGAAAUAUUUGAUAUGUUGCUCGCCACCGUGGCUCGUUUCCGCACCCUGAAACUCAAGUCAGAGGAGUUUGUGUGCCUCAAAGCCAUCAUUCUGCUCAACUCUGGUGCAUUUUCAUUCUGCUCCUCCCCCAUGGAGCCCCUGAGGAACAGCUUCAUGGUGCAGUGUAUGAUUGAUAACAUUACGGACGCUCUCAUACACUACAUCAGCCAAUCAGGAAUCUCGGUGCAGCUCCAGUCCAGGCGUCAGGCCCAGCUCCUGCUUUUGCUCUCGCACAUCAGACACAUGAGCUAUAAAGGGAUGGAGCACCUGUACAGCAUGAAGUGCAAGAACAAAGUGCCUCUGUACGAUCUGCUGCUGGAGAUGCUGGAUGCACAUAGGCUCCGCCCACUGGGCAAAUUGUCAAGGAACUGGGCUGAUAGAGUGUCGUCUUCACCCAAUACAACCCCCACAACCCCGACCUCCUCCACCACUACCACCACCACCACCACCACCACCCAUCAACACAACCACCACAGCAGCAUCUCCACGUGUCCUACAGAUUUACAGUCCAACCCACCGCACCCUGACCAAAGCUCCAGCCCCUAAAAACCGCUGCAAUCACUGUAUAAACGCCUAAUAUUAUCCAUCGCAUGGUGCUUGUGGUUGGUUUUAAGGAUGGAGCUGAAUUUAAUCAUGUCCUCUGUGAUUUAGUUUCUCUGCGUACAGCUUGGCUCUCGAUUUUUUUUUUUUAACUGAAACGGAUUGUUGACGCAAAUUUAAAUAGACCUUCUAGAGCACCACAAAAUCACUAAGAACCUUUAACUUUUAUAGAAAGGUUCCUGUUUUAGUUACGACGCAACGUUUUUUGAGCAACACGAUUCUUUUGCUUCUAGACAACAAACACGGUCAUUUAAUGGAGGGAAGUCGGUGCCAAAGAGCCGCAGUCCAGACGGAAGUGCAUGGUGUUGAACUACAGAAUAGGAGACAUGUUGGUUCCUUUCGUUUGUGAGUGUGGGGGUGAGGGAGUCUGAUUACAUCUUCUCUCCUGUUCUCCAGCUCACACAAGUUCUUUUGUUAGAGACAAAAAUGCCCAUUUGGACUUUGGUUUGUCGCGUAUAAACAAAAGAAACACGCAUGUGUCUCAAAAACCAUAAAGACGAUGUUUCCCAAGUCAGUAAAUCAAGAUACAAAUAUUGUAUACAUGGGGAAAGGUCUUUGUAUUCAGACGGAUCUUGUACUGGUCCUCACAACUAUUUCCUGGGGGGUUUCCUUUCAAAUUAUGCAAAUCACCAGUGUAUAAACUAUAACUUUGGCAGACGUGUUUUUAAUAGUAACAUCAGCACAUUUCUUUAAACUCAAGAGGAUUCUAAUAUAAAGCUGAAGGACAGUUGUGAUGAAAGCUAUCUAGCAUGUUUCAAACUUAUUUUUCUUACUGGAUUAAUAAAAUAAUUCUAAAAUUGUCAGUUUUUUUGGUAACGCGCUCACAAUCUGGCCAAAAGUAUUAGGACCCCUGACUUUACCAUCCAUAUGUGUUUUUCCCGAAACCUUUAGCACAAUGUUGUAGACGCACAAUCGUAUCGAACGUCUUUGGAUGUGGUGCAAUGAAGUUUUCCCUUCAGUUAAACCAGGAGACCCAAACCUGUGUACAAAUCUAUAUAUACAGUGGAACCUCGGGUUACGAACGCCCCGGCAUACGUAUAAUUCAGGUUACGAAUCGCAGUUCAUCAAAAUUUUUGCCCCUGGU